CUGCCGACCUCCACGAUGGGACAUGGAAAUUCAAACAAGCUGUAUAUCACCCACGCUGAACACAGCGGUUUACAUGGCGCUCAUUCUUCUUCGAUUGGCCACAAACAAAAGGCGGAGGCGCAUCCUGCACAAAUUACUCCGUUUGACUGUUGCGCCAUUUCCUUCCAAGAAUUCAAGAAUCCAGUCUGUGCGGCAAAUGCUGAUGGUACCGGGACCGUGUUCGAUUUGGUCAACAUAAUACCUUGGUUGAAACAACACAACAACGAGCAUCCAAUCACCAAAGCACCACUCACUCCAGCAGACCUCAUAACGCUGCAUUACUCCAGAAAAGAAGCGUCCGGAGAACUCCACGACCCUAUUAGCUUCAAGCCUUUCUCUCAACACUCACAUAUUGUCGCUAUCAAGACCACAGGCAAUGUUUUCCUGGCGGAGAGUAUCAAGGGUGGACGAGAUCUCGUGGCUGAUGUGCCUUUCAAGAAAGAGGACGUCGUAACGCUGCAAAAUCCUCACGGACUUCCUUCUGCCUCCCUUCCCAGCGUUGCUCCCAUUGCCACAUCAUCUAAACCUACUCCAAAGCCCCAAACUGUUGCAUCAGCGGUUCCUGUUAAAGCCAAAAUUGAAGACCCUUGGAACGUGUCUCCUUACUCCAACGGUCUACCUGGCGCAUCUUUAACAUCGACAUCAGUCGAUCCUCAAGCCGCUGCCUCUUCUAAGUUAGUGUGGGAUGAGGAAGAGCUCAUGUUCGAGGAUAUAUCAAAUCCACCUAAAGGCAAAGCCAAAGAGAAGGAUGUAGGGAAACGACGAGCAUAUGUUCGUGUCGUUACAACUCUCGGUGGUAGCAGCUUAAACCUGGAGCUUUAUUGUGAAAAGGCGCCAAAAACUUGCUACAACUUCCUUAUGCUGGCCCGGUCCCAUAAAUUCGACAACUGUCUGUUUCAUCGACUCGUACCUGAUUUUAUGAUUCAAACUGGAGACCCUACCGGCACUGGCGCCGGUGGGACGUCUUAUUGGGAGACGCCAUUCCGAGACGAACAUGACUUGAAGGGUGCAGCCAAGCAUGACAGCAGGGGAACUUUGGCAAUGGCUAAUAAAGGUGCGGGGACGAAUGGCUCUCAAUGGUAUCUGACCUUUCGAGCGACACCUCACCUGGACAAGAAACAUACUGUGUUCGGUAAAUUAGUUGGGGGGGAGGACGUGCUAGAUGCCCUCGAAAAACUCCCGCUCAAGCCGGGAACGGAGAGGCCAGCGCAACCUGUACGAAUAAAGGAAGUCAUAAUCUAUCAAGACCCCUUCCAAGAGUACAAGGAUCGGCUGGCGAAGAAACUUGCGAGAAAGAAGGAAGCGGAGCAGGGUACGGGGACUGAUGGUGUUAUGCAGAAGAAGGAAGGAGAUGACAUGAACGCAUUUGGCGUGAAGCUGGGCUCAGGCAACUCAGUGUUUGGAGCAGCAAGGGAGGGAGGAGUAGGAAAAUACCUCAACUUGAAGAGGCCGACCCCCGCAACGGACGGCGGUAGCGAGAAGAAGAAACAGCGGACAACAGGAUUCGGUUCUUUCGACAACUGGUAG